UUCCACCAUCGCUCAGUUCGUCUUCUUCUUACUUUCCCUUUUUCUCCUUUCUCGGUUUCCUCGUGCUGCCGCUCUUCGACGCCGGCGAUGUCGCUGUAAGGGGACGGAAGAAGUAACCCUCCUCCUUCCCGCUUUGCUUGGCGGGGAAGGAUACUGAUUCCCUUGACCCCAGCGCGGCAGCUAACCGCGGAGGGAAGGCUUCGCGAUCCGCUUCAUCAUAGUUUACUUUAAGUUCGAUUCUACCCCUCCCUCUUGUUCUCGUUUCGCGGAGUUGCAAACUGCUCGAAGAUGGCCUCCGAAGGAUCGCGUGUUGUUGUUCCAAGAAGCUUCAGGUUGCUGGAAGAGCUCGAGAGGGGAGAAAAGGGCAUCGGUGAUGGUACUGUCAGCUACGGAAUGGAUGAUGCUGAAGAUAUUUAUAUGCGAUCGUGGACAGGGACGAUUAUUGGUCCCCCAAAUUCUGUUCAUGAAGGGCGGAUAUACCAGUUGAAACUCUUUUGCGAUAAAGACUAUCCCGAAAAACCUCCGACCGUCCGUUUCCAGUCACAAAUCAACAUGACAUGCAUCAAUCAGGAAACUGGAGUGGUCGAACCUAGCUUGUUCCCAAUGCUCGCGAAUUGGCAAAGGGAAUACACAAUGGAGGACAUUCUAACAUGCUUGAAGAAAGAGAUGUCAGCUCCCCAAAACCGAAAACUUCAUCAGCCAACCGAAGGCAAUGAUGAUGAGAGGAUGGAACAAAAGGAUUUUGUGGCGAGAUGUGCUAUUCUUUGAGAAGGAGAACUUCACUCAAGAAUGCUCCUCUUUUGCGGCUCGGUAUCGACAAGUAGAUGGGUAAAUAGUCAUCUCUUGUAAUUAAGUAACAAUAAUUAUCUCUCAUUUCUCAGCCUAAACUAUUCUCUGAGAUUAUCAUUAAGUGAUCAGGUGCCAACUGAUGCAGAACUUACUUCCCCUUUUAUGUUGUCAUUGAGUUUAUGUCAA